AUAGCUGGCUCAGCAUCGUUCCCUGCGCCAUUCAACCCCGUCCUCUUAUUGCUCUACCUUUUCCCUCCCCACUGUCUUCUUCCCGUUGUUCCUGUCUCUCCCCCCAUUCCCUGUCUUUUCCUUCUGUCACUGACGAUGUCUUGUAUACUUCUUCUGUCGUAUUCAUGGGCAUUGGAUUUUUCACGACAGCAAUUAGAGCUAAAAUUGAUUUUAAAUAGUAUUGAAAAUCAUAAAUGAUUAGUGACGCCAUAGAAACCACACAAUGUCAACGAAAGGAUCCAGUAGAUUUGUUUCAUUCCGGGCACUUUGUAAAAAUAUGUGCCCCUAUGGUCCGAUAUUCAAAGUUGGCUUUCAGAACUUUGGUCAGGAAAUACAACUGUGAUUUGUGUUAUACACCAAUGAUAAUUGCUGCUGAUUUUGUCAGAUCUGUGAAAGCUAGAGACAGUGAAUUCACAACAAGCAAAGGUGAUCGCCCACUGAUUGUUCAGUUUGCUGCUAAUGAAGCACAGGUUUUAUCUGAUGCUGCCCGUAUCGUCUGUCCUUUUGCAGAUGGAAUAGACCUAAAUUGUGGCUGUCCUCAGAGAUGGGCAAUGGCGGAAGGUUAUGGUGCUUGUUUAAUAAAUAAACCAGAGCUGGUUCAAGAUAUGGUGAGACAUGUAAGAAAUCAAGUAGAGAACCCCAGAUUUUCAGUAUCUAUUAAGAUAAGAAUCCAUGAUGAUCUAAAGAGAACUGUAGAUCUCUGUCGAAAAGCUGAAGCAACUGGAGUUUCCUGGAUUACAGUUCAUGGGAGAAAUGUAGAAGAACGACAUCAGCCAGUACACUAUGAUGCAAUUAAAAUAAUUAAACAAAAUAUGUCUAUACCUAUUGUAGCUAAUGGAGACGUUAAAACUUUAAAAGAUGCCGAGAAUAUUCAUCAUAUGACGGGGACAGAUGGUGUAAUGGUUGCUAGGGGGCUCUUAGCUAAUCCAGCCAUGUUUGCAGGAUAUGAAGAGACACCUUUGAAGUGCAUCCAGGACUGGGUUGACAUUGCUCUUGAACAUGGGACUCCUUUUACGUGCUUUCAUCAUCAUUUAAUGUACAUGAUGGAACGGAUAACUUCAAAACAGGAAAAAAGGGUUUUUAAUGUUUUAUCAAGCACCUCAGCGGUUCUGGACUACCUUAAUGACCACUACGGGGUGUAAUAGCUUUUAAAGUAUUUUAAUCAUGUGAAUAUUGCAUUUUAUAUUUUAGAGUUGCGGGUACUUUGUUAUAGUGAUAGGUUUCCCCACGCUUAUAUUUAUUAGUCAAAAUCACAGUGCAUUGAAAGAUCUCAUGCUGUGUAACAUUACUGGACAUUUCUGAACUGAUCAUAUUAUAUUUUUAUAUUAACAUUAUUUUCAACUCAGGAAACAUUCAUGACUUGAAAAUAGCUUUUAUAUAUAUGACAACGCAUUACCAUACACAGAAUUGUGAUGCUGUAAGCAAAGUGUCUUAUGAGAAAAUAAAUUAUAUAUGCAGUACCAAAGUGCUUUCAAAGAUCACUCCCAAUGCUGCUACCCUUACUCAUGUGAGUAGAAGGGCCACAGGAACAGGCUCAAAGGGUAUUAAACAGAAUUAUAUAGAAUUGUUCCUUUAAUUGAGAAAAGCUCAACUGAGAAGGCCAGCUAGUAUUUAUCUAAAGUGAAAAUUCAGUUUUUAUGUUUGGUUUUAAUUAUGUGGGCCCCUAAAUCACAGAAGAGAAAGGCUUCACACAACUGCCCCUCUUUAGGUUCAGGUGUCCCAUUUGCUGCUCUGAAGGCCUGAAAUCCCUUAAACUGGCAUUGAACUUAGAGUUCCAGAUUUUCCUAGCCAAGUGGAAGAAAAUUAAUAUAUUAAUACAAUAAUAUAAUUAAUAUAAUAAAUAAUAUAAUAAACCUCCAUUAAUUUUCAAGUGGAAGAUAUGUCUGUUUAAUGUUAAGUGAUACUAUAAGUCCAGAGUGAAAUUGUUUUGGUAACUCAGGUCUCAGAUCAGACCUUGAAUCAGUGCUUGAAAUUAAGCAUGUGCUUGUUUUGUCCCCUUCACUUCAAAAUAGGACUUCACUUCUCUGCUUCAAGUUAUACAUGUGUUUAGGUACCUUGCAGACUUGGGGCACAAAACUUAAAAAGAUUUGUUCAACAUGCACUAUGUACAGUAUAUGUUCCUAAGAUCAAGUGGGUGAGGUGAUAUCUUUUAUUGGACCAACUUCUCUUGGUGAGAGGUAAGAUUUUGAGCUUACACAGAGCUCUUCUUCAAGACUGGGAAAGGCACUCAGGCCAGGUCUACUCUACAGACCUAUCUCAAUAUAACUACGAGACCUAUCUCAAUAUAACUACGUUGCUCACAUGUGAAAAAUCCACAUCCCUGAGCGACAUAGUUAUAUUUGUAUUUAGCUGUAACACUCUGAGGAGUUGGU